AUGGCCCUAGCGGAAGACCAAUUGCCGCGAAAGAAGCUGACGCCCAACAAAAUAAUCACAGUUGGAGAACAUCUUAGAAAGUUUGUAUUUGGAGAAAGCCCUUCACACAAAGGAUAUGUUGGAAAAGUGAUAUUACUCGUCGGUAUCACGGGUGCAGGCAAAAGUACUCUGGUGAACUCGUUCGUCAAUCACCUCCUAGUGGUGAAAUUCCUGGACAAUUUCAGAUAUGAGCUCAUCGAGGAAGAGAAGGCCCAAGUGAAUAGUCAAACGAAGUUUGUCACAUCCUACACCUUCCAUACUGUUGAUUCUUCUAAUGUCAGUGAUACAGUCACCAUCAUUGACACACCUGGUCUUGCUGACACAGAUGGCAUUGAGGAGGACAAGAAGCUAUUCGCAAAAAUCAGGAACUUUUUCGAGUCAAAGGAUGAAUUCAGUAUCAAUGAGGUUCAUCUUAUCGGGAUUGUUGUUCCCAUUUCGAGAAUUAGAUUGGAUGCAACAGAGAAGUAUGUGUAUAACCAGAUCUUAUCCUUGUUUGGAAACGAUGUAGCUGAGAAUGUCUCAUUGGUGGUAACACAUAUGGACGGCAGCAAGGAGCCCAAGCAUGCGUUGAAUGCGGCUAAAACAGCUGGAAUACCUAUUUCAGCAUGGUAUGGUUUCAACAACGCAACCCUUUACGACAAACCGUCUGCGGCCAAAGAAGAGGUUUAUUUCCAAGAGCGAUCAUGGAAGCUAAGGACAGACCAGUGCCAUAAGCUAAUGAAUGAUCUAACAUCCUCGAAGUGGAAGACAGUGAGUCUAGUUUUGACGAAGGAUGUCCUGGAACACAGGUCACGCUUGGAAGAAAAUAUGAAGAAUCUUCAAGAAAAAGUGAAACAAGGGUCCAUUAAGCUGGUGCAUCUGGAACAGCUGUACGAAGAGAAACAGAAAUCCGACAUAAGAGGGAAGACACAUUUGAAGAAUGCUUUGCAGGGACUCAUGGUUGAAUUUGCAAGGGAAAUGACACAAAUGCACAAGUUGACCAUUCAGGCGCAUGAAUGUCUCAGUAAACUGUAUGAAAUUGGUCUUCAGAAAAAUUCCCCAGAUAUAGUUGAAUACUUGGAUCUCCUUACCAAGAGAGAGGAGCUUUCUUCCGAACCUGGCUAUGAGAAACGCCUUGAGCAUCUUCGUGAGAUCAGAGUUGUCGCGAAAUACCUGAAAAAAAUGCAGUUCGGAGAAGGAGUAUUCCCAUUUGACAACAUGUUGCAAGAACUGGACAAGAAGGGCUUACGACUCAUCAAAGCCGAAGACGAGUUUUACAUGGAAUUACAUAAACCACAAGCCAGGAUGCGGCAAAAGCACCCUGAUUUCUCGGUCUGCCUCUGCGCUUCGUUAAUCGUCAUUGCGAUGGACAGGGAAUGGACGCCGAGCGAAGACGAAGUGCAACCCAAAGAUCAAGGUGUUACCUUAAAUCGUCGCCUCGUAUGA